CCUGGUUCUGAGCCAAGACAGGCGCGCCCCCGACACGGAGCGGGCAGCGGCCACGUAGCUGCGCGACACCGGGAACGCGCACAGAGGGGGGUGCUCGGUGUUGUGACGUGAACGGCGGAGGAGGAGGAGGACAGGAAGGAAGCUUCCCGGGAGCCAUGGACCGAGACACCCCGGGAGGGAGGGCAAGCCUUUCAGUGGAUCUAAAGAUGUAGCAUGGCCCUGUGUCCCUAAAAUACAAAAAAAAAGUUAUAAAAAAAAGAAAGCAACAACUCAGUGUCUUAUGAACAUCUUUCUAUAAACUUAACAGUAAUUCUUUGAACCUUCAGAAAUGUUGCGUCCUUCAAACCUACAGCCUGACCCAAUGGGUCAAGCAGCCAACUCCUGCCAAAAAUUGCUGGAUGGUCGCCCUCCUGAUGUUUCUGGAAUGGGACUUGAUGACUCACUGCGAGUUAGCGUUCCACCUCCGUUUUACCAUGCUACAAGUCAAGAACUUGAUCUUUCAAAUAAGCAAUUCAAAAGAGAAACAAGUGGACCUUAUCCUGUUAUGAUGGACACUAAGCCUGAGCAGCAACCCUUUUAUCUGGACAGUAAACCACCUAUUGAGGUUCGACCCGUUAAAGGCGAAAGACAAAAUUCAGGAGAAUCGGAGGAUGACGACGAUGAUGAUGACGACGACGAUGAUGAUGACGACGACGAUGAGGAAGAAGAUGAAGAUGAUGUGAAUUACAAAAGAGAGCAAAUAAUUGUAGAGGUGAACCUUAAUAACCAAACCUUAAAUGUCUCCAAAGGAGACAAAGGUGUUGGCAAGGACCCCUCACACAUGAAGACCAGUAGCGAUGAGGAUGGAGGUGACUCUGGAGACGAUGAUCAGGACAGCAAUGAGGAUGAUGAAAAUGAAUCUCGUCCUGCUGGUGAUCAGACCAAUAUGGAAUGUGUAAACCAGGACCAGAAAACUGAGAACUCCAACAUGGUGGCUGGUGACGGAUCCACACUGGCCAAUAAUCCCAAUAAUGAACAAGUUACAAGUGGUGAAGCCCCCAAACGGAAGAAGAAGACACCCAAAGAGCCUAAAUCUCCAACUGACAAGGUUAAGGGUGAGGAGAAAGAGACCCUAACUUGUGACAAAUGUCCACGUGUGUUCAACACGCGAUGGUAUCUGGAAAAGCAUAUGAAUGUUACGCACCGGAGGAUGCAGAUUUGUGAUAAGUGCGGCAAGAAGUUUGUCUUGGAGAGUGAGUUGUCCCUCCAUCUUCAGACAGACUGUGAGAAGAACAUUCAGGGUACCUGUAAUAUGGCCAAAAAGAUGUGCAUUACAUGCAACAAGACUUUUAAGAAGCUCUGGUCUCUCCACGAGCACAUAAAGAUCGUCCAUGGCUACGCUGAAAAGAAAUUCUCCUGCGAGAUCUGCGAGAAGAAAUUCUACACAAUGGCGCAUGUCCGCAAACAUCUUGUCGCUCACACGAAGGAUAUGCCAUUCACCUGUGAAACGUGUGGGAAGUCGUUCAAGAGAAGCAUGUCUUUGAAAGUUCACUCUCUGCAACACUCUGGAGAGAAACCAUUCAGAUGUGAGAAUUGUGACGAGCGGUUCCAGUACAAGUACCAGUUACGGUCACACAUGAGCAUCCAUAUUGGACACAAACAGUUCAUGUGCCAGUGGUGUGGUAAAGACUUCAACAUGAAGCAGUAUUUCGAUGAGCACAUGAAGACUCACACUGGAGAGAAACCUUUUAUCUGUGAAAUCUGUGGCAAGAGCUUCACCAGCCGCCCAAAUAUGAAGCGCCACCGCAGGACCCACACGGGAGAAAAGCCUUACCCAUGUGACGUGUGUGGUAUGCGCUUCCGUUUCUCCAACAUGCUUAAGGCUCACAAAGAGAAGUGCUUCAGGGUCACCAGUCCAGUGGGUGUUCCGCCAGCCUUGCAGAUUGCUCUUAACAACCCCUCACAAGUUGUCACCAACCUUCAAACAGUCCAUGUGCCACCCAGCAGUCCUACGCCACCUCUUAACCUUAAUACCUUGAGUUCCCUGCCUCCUCGACCCAUCCCACAUCCAUUUUCCCACCUCCAUCUGCAUCCGCACUCCCAUCAUCACCUGGCAGUACCGCCCGUUCCACACCUUCCUCCACCCCCGGCUCUCUUUAAAAGUGAGGCGUUGAACCAUCGUGGACAGACCGACGAUAGUUUCCUACGGCACCUGGCAGAGAAGACCAGCGCUACCCAACAUCAUUAAUGCCAGUGGCAGGCUCCAAGUAGCAGUGGCAGCCUAACCAGGAAUUGGUGCCCCAUUGUAGAGCUGAUUGAACAGAACUUGGCUAGGCUCAAACUACAUACGUGCCCCUUGUUAACCGCUGGAGUGCUGUCACAAGAAACAAAAAUGGAGCACUGCCCUUUUUGGGGGGAAAUGACUAUAGCGUAGAGCAGUGUUGUCCUGGUGGGGUGGCUGACUUAUUCUUCACAGUUCAAGCAUUAUUUUAACCUAUAAAUUGUGGUGACUGCAUCUACAGUCUGACCCUACAGGUGGCACCACAGGGCAUGAGGGGCUUACGGGCACUCGACAUGCCAGGCUUAAACGAGUUAAGAAAUUUAACUUAACCCUGGCCAAGAUGAAUGGCCCAAAUGGAUGGAAUCCAAACUACUCUGGGAAGGACGAGAAGGAACUUUAGGGUAUUUUCUUUCCCUAUUUGUAUACUGUCUGAAACUGACAAUUUCCUAAAAGCAUUAAAAAUAUAAAUUUUUUUUUUGCUCCCUUCACUCUUCAUGUUACAACCCCGAGAAGGUAUGCCGUCUGAGAGAGGUUAGGCGGCACUCCCAUAUGUAUUAUUUUACUACCAAGAUUAUUUUAGAGGAUUUUUUUGUAUAGGCUGAACCUAGUCUGAUGUAUUUCAACAAAAAAAGUGUACAUUUUAUUUUGUGUAGUUACGCCCAUCCUCGCACUUUUUUAUUUUUUAAUAAUCUUCCAAAAAAAGACAAAUUUCAAAAGCCUCCCCUUUUUUAUUAUAAAUUUUUUUUUUUCUGGCCCGGAAUUGUAAAAGUGGUGUACGUUUAGGAUUUUUUUUAACCUUUAAAGGUGCAGUUCACUUUGCUAGUUUCCUGUAGUUGCAUUUUUCUACUUUCUGAAUUUAUACUUUCCCUUUUUCCCUGUGUUCUAGCAGUUUGUCUAAAUUAUACAAAUUUUUUCAAUGUUUUUUUAUGUUCUGGUUGACACAUUGGUCUCAUGCCCAUAACACAUUACACAUUCAUUGACUGUGCACCUACGAGGGCAAAGUGGUGCUGCACCUUUAAAGUUUAUUCCCUUUUAGUCAAUGUUAAAAAUCAACAAUUUUCUAAUAAAAUCCUUCCUUUCCACUUGUC